AUAUUAUUAGGAGAAACGUCGCGACAAUAGUCAGACAGUGCGUAGCGAAGAGCGCUUUUUACUCGCGUUCCAUUCGUAAUUUCUUUUCGACCCGCGUGUUGCCGAAACAAUUAACUCGCACGGACACGAAGACUUCUCUCAUACUUACUUUAGAUACCCUAUUUAGACCGUUGCACGGAAAUUUUAAUCCAAUUCGGAACAUCUUUCGGGUGGCCGGUCAGACAGCCAAAGGAAAAAGGGAACGACGGCACAAAACAGCUGGUCACUGACUGACUGCUCGAAAAGAAGAAUGUUGCGUAUCGUUAGUACCGCGGUUCGAGGAAUUGUUGCUCGUGCAAAUAUUGGUGCUGUCACAAAUUCCUUGGUCUUCAAACAGUAUCCUUCGACUCAACAUGCACAAGAAAGAUGUUUUGGAGCAUUUUCCUCCAUUAUUAAUAAGUGGCACAAUAUUGGCACAAUUGAAUCAGAAACAGUGUUAUGUCAGAAACGCGUAGGAAAUAUUAUUCCUUCAACAGUUUCAUCUAAUCUAACAUCUGCGAGAACAAUUACAAAGUUCUCUAAGAAUAAAGGAAAAAGGAAGAGUUGCAAAGCUGUACUUAAACGAUUUUACAGAUUAAAUUGGGGUAUAUGGAUUAGAACACGUGCUGGCCGUUCUAGAAAACUCUGGGCAAAGAAAGCAAAUAGAAAACGUAAACUGAGACAACAUGUUUUUGUAAAUGCUACACAGUCGACUUUAUUGGACAAAAUGGUAACAAUGUAUUGGAAAAGGCCUCAUUAUUAUCCAGAAGACCCGUACAAUCCAUACCACGAACGUGAAGAAUUCCCUUGUACAAGAAAGAAGCCAGUACCUUAAAUACCUUUACUGUAUAGAUAGAGACAUGUAUUCAGUACUGUAUUUACGAACACAUACCAAAGUACUUUCAUUCUGACAUGUGCAUUUUUCAUUGAACAAAAAUAAUAAUCCGUCGAGAAAUGUUAUUUAAUA